GCCAGCCCUAAAUUUUGAGAAGGCCCAUCACUGUCAAAGCAGCUCGUUGAUCAGCAGAGAUUCCGAAUUCCCGCUCAAUGUCCAUUGAUUCUUCGCCGACGGCCCCGCCUCCUCCAGCCGCGCGCGCGGCUGAUGCGGCCGUAGUUUCAAAGAAGCCGAUUCUGAUCCGCUCAGUUUGGUCCUCUAAUCUCGAGUCGGAAUUCGCCUUGAUCCGCCGCAUCCUCGAUCGGUACCCGUUUGUGUCGAUGGAUACGGAGUUUCCAGGCGUGGUUUUCCCCCACGACAUCCGGGACUGGAAGCCCGACGAACAUUACGUAUAUCUGAAAUGGAACGUCGACGCUCUCAAGCUUAUCCAGGUGGGGAUCACUCUCACUGAUGCUAACGGGAACCUCCCGGACCUGGGAUCGUCACACCGCUUCAUAUGGGAGUUCAAUUUCUGCGACUUUGAUGUGGUGCGCGACGGUCACGCCCCAGGAUCCAUCGAGCUACUCCGCCAGCACGGGAUUGAUUUCGACAAGACUAGGGCUUUUGGUGCCGAUUCAACCCGUUUCGCCGAGCUGAUGAUGUCUUCCGGACUGGUUUGCAAUGAGGCCGUCACCUACAUCACCUUCCAUAGCGGAUAUGACUUUGGAUACCUGAUUAAGGCCCUAACGGGUCGAGCUCUGCCCGGGGAACUCGGGGAAUUUCUGGCAUUGCUGGGGAUCUACUUUGGUAACAGGGUAUAUGAUGUGAAGCAUUUGAUGAAGUUCUGCAAGAGCCUUCAUGGUGGGCUGGACCGAUUGGCCAGCUCUCUUCAGGUUAGCAGGGUGGUUGGGAAGAGCCAUCAGGCUGGCUCGGACAGUUUGCUUACGUGGCACAUUUUUCAGAAGAUCCGGGAGCUCUUCUUUGAGGACAAUGAGGCACUUACUGAGAAGUAUGUUGGGGUUCUGUAUGGUUUAGAGGUCCUCUAGCUGAGAUAAGUGUCUGUAGAUGGGGUGUUGCUUGAAGUUUCCUGUAAAACAGUUUUUCUUUAUAUAAAAGGCUCUUCUUUUCUUUGUUAUUUUGCUUCUGAUUUGACUUUCAUGUUUCUGAAUUAAAAUACUACGUCUUAG